UUGUUCGAGUGGCCAUUCGGAAGUAUGUGCUGUGUAUGAAUUUUGGAAGAAAAAAAACGAUACUAAUACUAUCGACAAGGAACUUGAAAAUGAAAUUCGCAAAGAAGCAUCAUUUUGGAAAAGGGUUCUUCAAAGGUUAUUCGAUAUCAUACUUACCCUAGCAAAGAGUUCUUUGGCUUUGAGAGGACAUCAAGAAGACUUACAUCAGAAAGGAUACCACGGAAAUUUUCUGUCCUUUGUAGAGAUUGUCGCUCGAUAUGAUCACAUUUUGCGGCAAGUUUUGGAUAUGCCCAAAGGAUCUACAAGAUAUCUGAGUGCAACAAUUCAAAAUGAAAUGAUUGAGAGCUUGGGGACCAAACUCGAAACCCAUCUGCUAGAACAAAUUAGAGCGUCACCGUUUCUUGCCAUCAUAAUGGAUACGACACAGGACAUAUCGAAGGUAGAUCAGCUAAGCAUUGUUGUGAGGUAUGCAGUAAUAACCAGAUCGGAAAAUGGACAGUCAAUUGAUAUAGAAGUAAAAGAAUUGUUUCUAGGCUUUUAUGCAGCCAUCAAACAUGGCGCAGUAGAUUUAAUCAACCAAGUGAUAACAUUAUUUAUCGACAAAAAUAUUGAUUUAAAAAAAUGUGUGGGGCAAGGCUAUGAUGGAGCCAGUGUGAUGAGUGGUGUGUAUGAUGGUGUACAAAAACAUAUUAAGGAUAUCCAACCUAAAGCAGA